AGCCUAGGCUCCAGUAUGGUCUUACCAUUGGCUCCGCCAGGCACGGCAGCCGGAAAAGGUGCGCGUCUUAUUAUCCACGGGGGGAACGCGAUGAGGAUUGGGACUAGGGUCCUGACUGUCCAAAACCUUCAUCUACCCUGGAAAUUUACCGCGAACAGGGCAAAGUUUUGUCUCGGUGGAAAUGUCUCCUCCCGGGCCGUGGGCCACGGCGCUGGCCGGCUCUACCCGGAGCACAUCCCCACCUCCCCGCUGCAAAAGGCGCUGCUGGCUGCGGGCUCCGCGGGGAUGGCGCUCUCCGACCCGCACCGGCACGAUAUGGUGGCAGUUCUAGGAGAGACCACAGGACUGCGUGCUCUGAAAGCCCUCAGGGAUCAGAUGAAGAGGGACCCAGAAGGUGCCCAGAUCCUGCAGGAACGUCCCCGAAUUUCACUGUGUACCCUUGACCUGGACAAACUCAGGAGCUUACCUGAGGGCUCACUAGGACGAGAGUAUCUCCGCUUCCUGGAUGUGAAUAGGGUCUCCCCAGACACCCGAGCACCCACCCGAUUUGUGGACAAUGAGGAGCUGGCCUACGUGAUCCAGAGGUACCGGGAGGUGCACGACAUGCUCCACACCUUGCUGGGGAUGCCCACCAACAUGCUGGGGGAGAUCGUGGUGAAGUGGUUUGAAGCUGUCCAGACUGGUCUACCCAUGUGCAUCCUUGGUGCGCUCUUUGGACCCAUCCGACUCAGUGUCCAGAACCUACAAGUGCUGAUCUCAGAAUUGAUUCCAUGGGCCAUUCAGAGUGGGCGUCAAGCGCCGUGUGUCCUCAACCUGUACUAUGAGCGGCGCUGGGAGCAGCCCCUGAGGGCUCUCAGGGAAGAGUUGGGAAUCACUGACCCCCCAUGCACACCUAAGGCUCACUCUCAGCCCUGAGCCACUUAGCCAGGAAGGCCUGGUUUGCUCCUGCACACCUAGAGCCACCCAUGUUCCAUUUUUAAAAUCUAGUUUGUACUAACUACUGCUGAGUGACUUUGAGGGGGCCAUAAACUUCUCAAAGAGAGCCACAUCAACCAUCUGUCUAGUCUGGUGUGGGAUGUCCAGGGUUCACACCCUUUUUCUGGACCAAGGUUGUUCUGGUGCCAGGCUGAUGUCCUCACAGUACUAAGGACUCCACCUAGCUGCCAAGAUCUACGAAGGAGCAGAAGAGGUGGCAAAUAACUGCUGUCUAAAUAAAGGCUUCCAACAGGUCAAA